AUGAAGUCAACGCGAACUGGAUCGGGACUCGGCGCUGGGAUCGAGGCGGGGCCGCGGGGAGACGGCGACGAGGAGGCAAGGCGGCGGUCCGGCGAGGGAAGGAGCCGGCGGCGGAGGUCGGAGGGAGGAGUUGCGGCGGCAGGGCCCACGGGGCACGCCGGCGGGGCGGGGCGCCGGCGGCUGGAGGCUGCGGGGAGCGCCGGGCGGUGGCGCGCCAUGGCCGGGCGGCGAGGCCACGACGGCGGCGGGACGCCCAGGCGGCGGCGGGAGCUCAGGGCGGCGACGGGAGGCACGGGGCGGCGCGAGCCCGCGGCGACCGGCGGCGGGGUCGAAGCGGACGGGCGGCGGGGCUCGGGCGGGCACGGCCCAGAUGCGGCCCGGGGCGGGCCGGCCUCGGGCCCCGGCGGGCCACGGCGGCGGGAGGAGAGAGGAAGCGCGGGGAGCUGA